AGAAAUCCACGGACACACUGACCAUCACUAAACAAAACACGAAACACGCAAAAAAAAAUUUUAAAUACUCAUAUUUAAACAAAAUGAGCUCCAACCAUCGACCCCUGGACGCAUCGGAUAUCCAGCUGAUAGAAACCAUACGCGCAACACCUUCGCUUUAUGAUCCGCAGCUUCCCUCGUUUCGGCUCUCGCAGCGCAAAGAGGAGGACUGGGCGAAAGUGGCAGGGAGUUUGAGAAUUUCGAUUACAGAUGCUCGACGGCGUUGGACCUGUUUGAGGGAUCGCUACUCGCGUGAACUCAAGCAGAUGCGCCUUCAUCCCACUAGCGAAUUCGGACGCAAUGAUUUCUUCAGACAAAUGGAUUUUCUGCGGGAGUUUGUUAGAAAACGACGCGAGCGCAACAGAAGAGAUCAGACGCCCACUGGUUGGCUUAAAGUGGACGUGAGGAGAAACAAGAAAACAAAGAUUUCGCAUGACUCGGACAGCAUGAUGGAGGACCCGGACUCGAAUGUAUACGAGGAGAGCGAUGAUCACAACUACGACACCAAGCUGGAAGUGCAGACAUCACACUCCGAAACGUACUCGGUGCUGGUGGAGGCGGACGAUGGACAAGAGCCCGAGCAGGAGAGCUUUGAGGAACACUACAUUGCGGAUGGUGAAGGUGAAAGUGAACACAAGCCACUGCCCAUGCUAACAUCAGGGCUCAACCAUAUCGUCGAAGUUCAUCCAAACGCCACACCGAACACAUCUGCACAAGACGCUGCGACGGCCGAAUCUGACGACAUCAAAUAUAUGGACUGCCUGCCGAGUGUGAGUCAAGAGCGGGAGCAAAUGGUUCCUUCUAUGACCACCUCGACGCCAACUAGGACAGAGACCGAGGACGAUUACUUCUGUAAAUCGGUGGCUGCCUACCUGAGGCAGCUGUCCCGAGUGCACAAGAUCAAGGCCAAGGUAGAGAUGUUCCAAAUACUGGAGAAAUACAUUUUGUUCGAAGAGGAGUGCCGAGGCGCGAGUUCGGGCCCGGGGCCAGGGUCGGGAUAAAACAGGUUACAUGGCAAUUGAUGUAUAUAGGUUUUAAAAUAGUUUUUAAUGCAGUACAAAUAUACAAAGUGACGAAAAA